CUUAACAUAGCAAGUAUCAGCAAUAAUCAUUUUUAUUUUAUUUCGAUCACGGGAAAUUUGAAGUAAUUCGAUUCUCUGUAGCAUAAAAAUUCUCUAAUUCCAGAAUCAUUCUUACGUGGAACAUUUCAAUUUCGCGCAGCGCGUGUUGAGAAAACAACAGAGCAUCAGGUAUCGACCAAACAAUUGGGUCUCGUGUCGCGAGUUCAAGUCGUAAGCUGUUAGAAGUACAAGUGUAAUUUUUAAUAUUUCGGUAGCGCAAUAAUUUACACCAUGCAACAUGCCGGUGAGCGAACGACUUCACUUUCGAAGAUCCCAAGUUGUAUCGUACACGUACGUUGGCUUGCGAUUUAUUUUACAAGUGUCGCUAUCGUAGACAUUUCCAGCGGGGAAGAGGCGGAGAGUCAAGACGCUUCUUUCGCAGAGCAUUCGGAAUCGAGAGAGAAACUUGACGAAUUCGAUUUGGUUUACGGCAAGCAAUUGCAAUCCCCGAUACUCGGUCACCAUUAUCAACUUCUUGAUUUGCCAACAAGUUGCAUACCAUCCACAAUUCUGGAUACGUCGUUGCUACAUAUUCCCGUUUACGCGCACUUAAAGGUAUACGACGUGAAACCUGUGCGACUGCCGGAGCCACCGUCGAUUUUAUCGGCGUUGCAACUGCAACUCUCGGAAGGCACCGCGCUCAGUAAAUCCCCGAGGGAAAUGCCGUCGACCGCGCGAUUAAGCGAGGACGACGGAGUAUCCGGUUCGUGCAGCGCUCGAAACACUGUAAAAAUUACGAAUAAGAAACGACGAGUAUAAAUUGUAAAUUUAAAUAUCAGCGUACGAAGUUCCGUGAUAACGGCAUUCGGCUACUUGAUUUUCGCAAUUUGAAAGCCCGAAUCCCUGCUCCCUGUGCGAUAAAUCCAGAUAAAUCGUUUGUCGUUUAAUUACGAUCUAGGGCUGCUUUCGCGAGAAAAUCAAAAUGAUCCAGAUUAAAACGACCUUGCGCUACGAUUGGUCAAAUCUGAAAUUUCGUAGCAACACAUUGAAAUUUUAUUCAAUCUGGAUCAUUUUGACCUUCUCGCGAAAGCAGCCCCGGGGUCAAUUCUGGUAUCUUACAAUGUAUACUAAAAAUGUUAAAAGUGAGCGGCCUUGUCUCUUUCCAAGAGGACGGUUAGAAAGAGACGAGCCACUCGCUUCUAGCGUUUUCACUGUAGUGCAAGAUACAGAAUUGGAUCCCCCUUAUCGUUUCACAUCAGCGUCCAAUUUCCUCGCGGCCAAGAGAGAGAUUCGAAUUUCGUGUCAAUUUUUUAAAGUUGGCCAGUGAAUUUUUCUUUCAACGUAG